AUGAAUCCGGCAACCGACCCAGUCUCCGCCGCCGCGGCCACAGCUCUAGCUCCGCCUCCACAACCUCCGCAGCCACACCGUCUCUCGACCUCCUGCGACCGUCACCCAGAAGAGCGAUUCACCGGUUUCUGCCCGUCUUGUCUCUGUGAACGCCUCUCAGUAUUAGAUCAAAGCAACAAUGCCGCUGCGUCGUCUUCUUCUUCGUCCCGGAAACCUCCAGCAAUCUCGGCUGCGGCUCUCAAGGCUCUCUUUAAGCCUUCCGGGAACAUCGGAGGCGGUGGAAACGCCAACACAAACGGCCGGGUUAAACCCGGAUUCUUCCCGGAGCUCCGUCGUACGAAAUCGUUCUCGGCGUCGAAGAACAACGAAGGAUUCUCCGGGCUGUUUGAGCCACAGCGUAGGUCGUGUGACGUCAGACUUCGGAGCUCACUCUGGAACUUGUUUAGCCAAGAUGAGCAGCGAAACCUUCCCACCACUGUCUCCGGCGGCGAUAUCGAGGUCGAGCCCAGGAAAUCUAGCGUCAGGGAGCCUGUUUUAGAGGUUAACGAUGAAGGAGAAGCUGAGAGUGACGGCGAAUUUGAAGAGGACUUCGUUGAAGCUGGCGAUUUUGAGAUUCUUAAUACUGAUUCCGGCGAGGUGAUUGGGGAAAAAAGCGACGAAAUUGUUGAAGAGAGAGAGGAGAUUGAGGAAGUUGAAAUCCCGGAAAAGGCUAUAAGCGAAGAGGAUUUGAAGCCAAUGAAGGAUUACAUAGAUCUCGAUUCUCAGACGAAGAAGCCAUCGGUGCGAAGGAGUUUUUGGUCGGCGGCCUCUGUUUUCAGCAAGAAGCUUCAAAAAUGGAGGCAGAAUCAGAAGAUGAAGAAGCGGCGAAACGGCGGCGAUCAUCGGCCAGGAUCCGCCAGGUUACCGGUGGAGAAACCGAUUGGGAGACAGCUCCGGGAUACACAAUCGGAGAUCGCUGACUACGGAUUCGGCAGGAGAUCGUGUGACACCGACCCUCGAUUCUCGCUCGACGCCGGGAGAUUCUCUCUGGACGCCGGCAGAUUCUCCGUCGACAUCGGCAGGAUCUCGCUUGACGACCCUCGUUACUCGUUUGACGAGCCGAGAGCUUCGUGGGAUGGGUCUCUGAUCGGACGGACAGCCUUUCCUCCCGUGGCGAGACCUCCUCCGCCGCCGUCGAUGCUUUCGGUAGUGGAGGAUGCGCCGGUGCACCGUCACGUAACCCGAUCGGAUAUGCAGAUUCCGGUGGAAGAAUCCCCGCCACAACAGGUGGUUAAUCCAGCUAACAAAACGUCCGACCCGGUUAUUAUCCCGGGCGGGUCUACCCAAACCCGAGACUACUACACUGACUCAUCGUCACGGAGGCGGAAGAGUCUCGACCGUUCCAGCUCCAUAAGGAAAACCGCUGCAGCGGUUAUGGCCGAUAUGGACGAGCCGAAGCCGCCAGUAUCAAACUCGUCGGCUGUAUCAGUAGAUACUUACUCAGGAUCACUAAGGGAUAACAGUUACGUUAUGGAACCGACGGAUAACGGAUUUUUCCGGGAACCGGCGAUCAUCGGCGAGAGGAAAGGGAAUAGUAACGAUAGCAACAAGAAGUCUAGACGGUGGGGGAAAUGGAGCAUCUUAGGGCUUAUUUACAGGAAGAGUGUUAACAAGUACGAGGAAGAGGAGGAAGAGGAGAGGUAUAGGAGAUUAAACGGCGGAAUGGUGGAGAGAUCGUUGUCGGAAUCAUGGCCGGAGCUGAGGAACGGAGGAGGACCGAGGAUGGUGAGGAGUAACAGCAAUGUUAGCUGGCGGAGCUCCGGCGGUGGAUCCGCGAGGAAAGUCAACGGAUUGGAAAGGAAUAAGAGUUCAAGGUAUUCGCCUAAGAAUGGGGAAAACGGAAUGUUGAAAUUUUACUUGGCACCGAUGAAAGGUAGCCGGAGAAUGAGUGUUGGAGCUGCAGGCGGAGGAGGAGGAACCGGUGGUGGUGGUGGUGGUGGUGGCGGGUGGGCGAAUAGUCACGGCCAUUCUAUAGCGAGGAGUGUUAUGAGGCUGUAUUGA